AUGAAACAUCUGGAUCAAUGGCAAAUCUCGGAAAUUGUCGAAUCCAUGUGCCCACUCCGUUGCGCCCGCCUAUCGUGGAUCAUCCAAGAAGGAGAGGUUGGCUCGGUGGUGUACGUGCUCGAGGAUGGAUGCGUAGAGGUGUUGAAGGCUAAGAAACGGAUACGGGAAAUGGGCCCUGGCACAGUGUUUGGUGAACUGGCGAUAUUAUACAACUGUACAAGAACGGCUAGCGUGAAAGCCACGGCGGACUGCAAAUUAUGGGCAAUUGAUCGACAUUGUUUUCAGUCUAUCAUGAUGCACACCGGAAUGCGACGACAAAAAGAUUACGUGCAAUUUUUGAAAAGCGUUCCAACCUUCAGUGAACUGAGUUUAGAAGUGCUUGGCAAAGUGGCUGACGUUCUCGGUGCAUGCCACUACAAUCCGGGAGACUAUGUCAUCCGUGAAGGAGCCCGUGGAGACACAUUCUUCAUCAUUUCGGGAGGAAAGGUCAAAGUUACCAAGAAUCGCGGGAAAGAAGGCACCGAACAAUUCAUCGGCUACAUGCAACGGGGUGAUUGGUUUGGUGAGAAGGCUUUGUGCGAUGAGGACGUGAGAACUGCGAACAUAAUCGCUGUCGCUCCAGAUGGCGUGGACUGUUUGCUGCUUGAUCGAGAAUCCUAUAAUCUUCUCAUCAAAGAUCUGGUCAGUUUCAAACGAACUUACAAAGAUGAGAGACCUGUGACUUCCAAGUGA